CAGUGUAGCCUGCUUAGUCAGUCCAAAGCUAAACAAUCUCCUCAAAAGAAGUAGUAUGUACAGAGGAUAACAGUAACCCCUGUCCCAUCCACUUUUGGUUGUUGAAACCAGAAACAAGAAUUGCUGUUCAAAUUUGCACAUUAAUUUUCCUCUUGCAGCAAAGAGGAAAAUCACUCAACUCCUCUGUGUAACUGUAGCAAUAUCAUAUUUUAUUUUUGUGAAAUAGAUUUCAGUUGAAAAGAAAGUCCCUCAAAAGUAGCAAAAAGUGCAAUAGUAAGUUAAAUCUAAGUUUUCACUGAUGGAGUCAAGUACUGUAAUGUCUCUAGUGGCAGCCACUACAUUCGCAGUGGCUACCCAGCAGCCCCUAUCUGACUACCUGUGGCUGCUGGUGGUGGGCUUUGUCAUUGCCUUCAUCCUUGCGUUUUCGGUGGGUGCCAAUGAUGUGGCCAACUCCUUUGGGACGGCAGUGGGUUCUGGGGUGGUUACCUUGCGCCAGGCCUGCAUCCUGGCCACAGUCUUCGAAACAACAGGCUCCAUGCUGUUAGGUGCCAAAGUCAGUGAGACCAUCCGCCAGGGGAUCAUUGAUGUCAAUAUGUAUAAUGGGUCAGAGCCAGUACUGAUGGCAGGCUCCAUCAGUGCCAUGUUUGGUUCUGCUGUAUGGCAGUUGCUGGCAUCAUUUUUGAAGCUCCCCAUCUCUGGAACACACUGCAUUGUGGGAGCUACCAUUGGUUUCUCCUUGGUUGCCAAAGGUCAUCAAGGGGUGAAGUGGUUGGAGCUACUAAGAAUUGUGGCAUCCUGGUUCCUUUCUCCUCUGCUCUCUGGCAUCAUGUCUGCUGUUCUUUUUUACUUUGUGCGUAUGUUCAUCUUAGAUAAGGAGAACCCUGUGCCUAAUGGCCUGAAGGCUCUACCGCUCUUCUAUGCUGUUACUAUGGGAAUCAACCUCUUCUCCAUUAUGUUUACAGGAGCUCCAUUGCUGGGAUUUGACAGGAUCCCUUGGUGGGGCACGUUGCUCAUUUCAGUUGCUUGUGCUUUCGUCACAGCAAUUGUGGUAUGGUUUGCAGUCUGUCCCCGUCUCAGGAAGAAGAUUGAAUGCGAAGUCAAGUCCAAGCCCUCUCAGAGCCCUCUAAUGCAGAACACUCUGAACUGUGCCCCUGAUGAGCCUCCCAAAACCACCUCUCAGCCUGAUCAGCUGCCUCCUGCCGAGGAGAGCAGGGUUGCCUUUGACAUUGGAGACUCUGAGGACUUGGAUGCUAAGGACAGCAAGGACUCGGAUAGUAAUGAUCUCAGUGUCCAGAGGAGGGAUCAGUUCAGCAACCAUUCUUACAUCCCCAACAAUGGCUAUAGUCAGUACCACACAGUGCACAAGGACUCUGGUCUGUACAAGGAUCUGCUGCAUAAACUGCACCUAGCUAAAGUGGGUGACUGCAUGGGCGAGCCUGGAGACGGGACCAUCCGCCGCAACAACAGCUACACGUCGUAUACCAUGGCUAUCUAUGGCCUGCAUGGUGACUUCAAGCAGAAGGAAGGAGAUAAGCCUACUGAGGAUGGAAAUAAAGAGAAGAAACGAGUGCGCACAGACAGUUACACCAGCUACUGCAAUGCAGUGGCUGUGGGUGGGCCACCUGAUGGUGUAGGAGAGGGUGAGGUGGUGGUGCUGGAAAUGGCAUCUGAAGCUGGCAGCCAGGAGUCACUGGAGGAGGAUGGGCUGGAGGUUGAUCGGCAAGAGGUGUCUGUGCUCUUCCAGUUCCUGCAGAUCCUCACCGCCUGCUUUGGCUCCUUUGCUCAUGGGGGCAACGAUGUCAGUAAUGCUAUUGGCCCUUUGGUGGCCCUCUGGCUGGUGUAUAUCACAGGAAGUGUGACCUCCAGCGCUCCCACACCCAUCUGGUUGCUGCUGUAUGGAGGAGUAGGCAUCUGUGCUGGGUUGUGGGUGUGGGGCCGCAGGGUAAUCCAGACUAUGGGCAAGGACCUAACCCCAAUAACUCCUUCCAGUGGUUUCAGUAUUGAACUGGCCUCAGCUGUGACAGUGGUGGUCGCCUCCAACAUUGGUCUUCCAGUCAGCACCACGCAUUGCAAGGUGGGCUCAGUUGUGGCUGUCGGCUGGUUGCGCUCCAAGAAGGCAGUUGACUGGCGCCUGUUCCGCAACAUCUUCAUAGCCUGGUUCGUCACAGUGCCCGUUUCUGGCCUCAUCAGCGCUGCCAUCAUGGCUCUUUUCACCUAUGUAAUUCUGUAAAAGCCUGAGUGACCCCCUCCUAGGCAUAACAAGUUUAAUGUUGUUUUAACUGGGGUUGUUGGUGUUCUGUUUUUACAACAAAAAUGGAUGUUUUUUUUAUUAUGGACAUUCCAUAAUAACCUUUGUAUGUACUGUAGCUAAUCAACCCAGACCAAAAGCUUAAUCCUAGUGCUUAUUUGUAUUCUGUAAUCAUGUUUUAUGUGUAAGAUUUUUGUUGUAUUUACAUUUUGAAUGAGAGGAACCUUGCUGAAGCCUUAAAAACUGGAAUUGUGUAUUGCUUAGUAUGGAACGGCAUGCUGAAAAAGUAUGCACAGUCUGGUUAUUUACAUGCAAGAAAAAAUUAAACGGGCAUAAUACAGAUAGCUAAGAACACUU